AUGGAUGAAGACGAUGUUGAAAUAUUUUCUCUUUCAAUACCUAAAUUAAUCGAUACAAAUGAUGAUUCAUCUUCGUCGUCAUCUUAUGAUAGUGAUAUUGAAGUGACAUCCACUAUUGAUAAAGAAGAAAAUGAACUUGUUCAACUUGGCAAUGAUCUUUGUUUAAAUUCAAUUGAUAGUAGUGACGACGACAUGGACAUACAAGACAAUUCAACAAUACAAUCUUUUCCUGAAGUUCGAACAUCUGAAGCUGAUGAAAACAAUGGUGUUAAUUUUGCAAUUGACAACUCGUCGUCCACAACAUCCUCUCCACGACCUGAAGCUAGUACUACACCAUCUCAAAAGCGUAAACGUCGUGCUUGGUCUGUGAAAGAAAAAUUACAAGCAAUUGAAAAUUAUGAAAAAUCCAAUAGUAAACAUUCAGCUGCUAAAGAAAUUGGAUGUACACGAUAUCAAUUGAGAGAAUGGUUAAAAUCAAAAGAAGAACUGAAGCAACUUCAAUCAAUGGAUAAUGGUGGUCGACGAAAGCGUCUCAAAGGUGGAGGAAAAAAACUAAAAUAUGUUGAUCUAGAUGAUCGUCUAAUCAAGUGGUUUAAAGAACGUCGAACACCUCCAACUUCGGAUGCAACAGUAAUUAAUAUUAGACGGGAGAAAAUAUCGUUCAAACAAUUAGUUCGACAAGGUACUAUUUUAUCUGCCGAGCUGAAUCACGUAGCACCAUCAGUUAAAUGGUACCAACGAUUUAUGAUACGAAAUCGUCUUUCUUUACAACGUCCGAAGAGAAAUCAAAAGAUAUCAUUGCCCGAAGCUCAUAAACAAGCAACAUUGUUUUACAAUUAUCUUCGUCGAGCAAGCACCUGGGGACCGACAAGGGGACCUAUGGGUGCGUUCAAACCUUCUGAUCGUUUUGCAACUGUUAUUCUCACAAUAUUUCCUGAAAGAAAUGAUCGAAUUGGUCCAAUACUUUUAUUCAAGGGGAAAGGACGUGUAUCUGACAAAGAAGUUCGUCAAUAUGCUAAACAAGUGAAGGUCAAAGAUGGUAACCCGAAGUUGUUAAUAACUGAUUCAUGUCAUUCUCAUCUCAAUCCUCAAACAAAACAAAGUCUACGCCAAAAAAGUGUUGUUAUUGCCGUGAUCCCCAAAGGGUGCACGCAAUACUUACAAAUUCUCGAUACACUCGUCUUCUCCACUUUUAAAUCUCAUUAUUUUGAUGCAGCUCAAGAGUUCAUUGAGAAAAAUGGUCCACGAAGUCAACUGAAACUCAAUGCUGCUCAAUCCAGAAUAAUGUGUACUCGUUUUACAUGGGAAGCUUGGAAGCGCACAUUAAAGUCCAUUGAUAUUAAGAAAGGAUUUACAGAAAUUGGAUACAUUUGGACAAAUAAUGCUAUUGUAUCGCCUCGAACCUUGCCUGGUUAUGUUUAUGAUCCUAAUCAAGAAUAUCAAAGUCAAUCCCAUGGUGAUGAUGAUAUUGAAAAUCGAAUUGCAAAUGAUGCAAAUUUGGCCAACCAACAACACACACAAAUGAUGGUAAAGAAUGGUGGUAAACAAUUGAAACUAAUUGAUUUAUGGAAAAAAAACUAA